UUCUAGAUGAUCACAUUGUUUCAAGCAAUUUAUGUGACUCGGAAGUUGAACAGUACUCUGGAUAUAUAAACAUUGCGCCAGAUGCAAAUAUGUUUUUUUGGUUUUUUGAAUCUCGUAAUGAUCCAAAAAACUCACCAUUAACAAUAUGGCUUAGUGGUGGGCCAGGUUUUUCUUCAAUGUUUGCAUUAUUCCAGGAGGCUAGACCUUGUAAGGUAAUUGCAAAUACGACCAAAACCAUAAAGCCUCCAAAUAGAUUCUCAUAUGGAUCACGUUUAGUGAACACAACAGAACAAUGUGCCUCGGAUAUUUAUGAAUUUUUACAAAAAUUCUUUACAAAAUUUCCGAAAUAUGCAACUUUAGAUUUAAAUCUAUUUAGUGAAUCUUAUGGAGGUCAUUAUGUUCCAAUCAUGGCUAAACUUAUUGUUCAAAAUAAUAAUCUAAUCAAAACUGAGAAAAUGAAAGAUAAAAUACUAAUUAAUCUUAAAUCUUGUGGAAUUGGAGGGCCUUGGGUUAAUCCUUUGAUUACAAUGAAAUCUUAUGUCAAUUAUAUAGAGAACAAUACAUACAAUAAGUCCUUGAUAAGUCCACAGUUAGUUGAGGAGAUGCGCAAUAAAUGGAUACCAUGCCAACAGAAUAUUAAUGAAUGCUACCGAACAAAUACAACACAUGACUGCACCAUCGCCAACUCAACUUGCUGGGAUGUUUAUGUUCAAAUUUUUAAUCAAAGCUCUGGCGUUGAUGAAUAUGAUAUUCGUGCCCCAAAUGGCAUGGGCACACCAUUUGCAGAAUACGCAAAUUUCCUGGAUGAUCCUUCGGUCAGAAGAUCAAUUGGCAUUAAUACUAAUGAAAUAAAAACAAAUUAUGUGGAAAAUAAUGUAGAUAUAUAUAAUAGAUUUGCUGCUUCUGGUGAUAU